AUGGGAGAUUAUGAAGUAAUUGAGCAGAUUGGGAGAGGUGCUUUUGGAGCAGCAUUUCUUGUUCUUCACAAAACUGAGAAAAAAAAGUACGUUUUAAAGAAGAUUAGUUUGGCUAAGCAAACGGAGAAGUUCAAGCGAAUCGCUCACCAGGAGAUGAAUUUAAUUUCGAAACUACACCAUCCAUAUAUUGUCGAAUAUAAAGAUGCUUGGGUCGACAAGGGAUGCUGUAUAUGCAUUGUAACAAGUUAUUGUGAAGGCGGAGACAUGGCUGAGAUCUCAAGGAAGAGUAGAGGAGCAUUUUUUCCAGAGGAGAAUCUUUGCAAGUGGUUAACUCAGUUGUUAUUAGCUGUGGACUACCUGCAUUCCAACCGAGUCCUCCAUAGAGAUUUGAAGUUGUCUAACAUAUUCAUCACAAAGGACAAUGACAUUCGUCUUGGUGAUUUUGGAUUGGCGAAACUUCUCAAUGCGGAAGGCCUUGCCUCCUCGGUCGUUGGAACUCCCAAGUACAUGUGCCCGGAGCUUCUUGCAGAUAUACCGUAUGGCUACAAAUCGGACAUAUGGUCUCUUGGCUGCUGUUUGUUCGAGAUUGCUGCACACCAACCACCUUUUAGAGCUCCUGAUAUGGAUGGACUCGUAAACAAAAUAAACAGAUCUUCCAUUUCUCCACUUCCUAUUGUGUACUCCUCCACUCUGAAACAGAUCAUUAAGAGCAUGCUACGGAAAAGUCCAGAACGCAGGCCAACAGCUGCGGAGCUGUUAAGGAACGCGCAUUUGCAGCCAUUUCUCCUUCAGUGUCACGGCCCAUCUACUGUCUUUCUUCCUGUGAAGUCUCCUAACAACUCGAAGGAGAAAAUUAGAAGACCUUCUCCCUGCAAAUCUGGCAGUGGAAAAGACGACAAAGAAAGGGAGGUAAAACUAACAGAGAGGAGACUGCUUCCAGCGUAUGAGGAAACUGCUGAUAUGCAACGUCGAAGGCUACUGGAAGGGGAUAACUCAAUAGGAGAUGAACUUGAGACGAAGAGGGUCGAUCCCACGAGCUAUUCAGGUAAAAUAUCUUCUGACAGUGAAGACUCGAAAAGUGAGAAAACAAGUUGUGAGACGACUGCUUGCGAUGGAGACAAUCAGGACAACAUUGAAUCUUCAUCACAAAAAGAAUGCAGCAGCACUAUGGAUAUUUUGACGUUUCCAUCGAAUGCACAGCUAAAAGAGGGAGAAGAAUCUCCUCAAAAGCACGUUCCACAAUUGGAGGCUCUACCCAGUCCCGGGGUAAAUGAGGAAACAGAAACUAACGUUGAGGAUUUUGUUUCUGUGAAAAACAGUAAAACUGCAAGAUGUGAAGCUGAUGCAGAACCAAGAAACUAUUUGAACGAAGAAGAAAGCACCGGUGAUUGUUCAGGAGUACGUUUAGACAACGCAUUGAUUGAAAGUACGGACGAGGUGAAAGUUACAGCAGAUACCAAAAAUGACCUAGUGCAAAUCCAGGAAGAUGACGUGCAAGUGAUAAAUCAUGCAUCUACUGAAGAAGAAUCAUUGAUAAGUGCAUUAGUCGGAAUUGCUACCGAUGAAAACAAGGGUGAGUGGGAAAACCCGAGCCAACAGAGAGCUGAUGCUUUAGAGUCUUUGCUUGAAGUAUGUGCACGUUUACUUAAGCAGGACAAGCUCGUUGAGCUCGCAGGCGUGUUGAAACCGUUCAGUGAAGAUGCCAUCUCAUCAAGAGAAACAGCAAUCUGGUUGACAAAUAGCCUGAUGAAUGUGCAAAAUCUGCAAAAAGGUUCUAGUUCUUAG